CUGGUAGAAUUUAAUUGAAUUUGGAGGAUGAAGUACAACCUAAUGCAUUUGGUUCCCCCAGUGAGCAGGGACAGAAUAAUCUCCCAGUUUCCCAAGUGGUACACGCCUGAGGCCAGUCUGCAGUUCAAAGAGCACUUCCAUGCACAGGUCAGGACUGCUUGCCAGCAGAGCACUGGAACAACCGGGUUGAAAAUAUCCAAAGUGGUUGUGGUAGGAGACGCGUAUGUUGGGAAAACUAGCCUUAUCAACAGAUUUUGUAAAGAUAAUUUUGACCGAGGCUACAAGGCGACCAUUGGAGUGGAUUUUGAAAUUGAACGUUUUGAAAUAAUUGGAAUACCAUACAAUCUCCAAAUAUGGGACACUGCAGGUCAGGAGAAGUUCAAGUGCAUUGCAUCUGCUUACUACCGAGGAGCAGAGGUUAUAAUAACAGUGUUUGAUCUGGCUAAUAUCCAGACUCUGGAUCACACCAAACAGUGGCUAGAAGAUGCAUUGAGGGAGAAUGAACCAGAUUCCAGCUUCAUUUUUCUAGUUGGAACAAAAAAAGAUCUGGUGUCAGGUGCUGUGUGUGAAAGGACAGAACUAGAUGCCAUCCACCUUGCCAAUGAGAUGCAGGCAGAGUACUGGUCGGUUUCAGCCAAAACAGGGGAAAAUGUCAAAGAGUUAUUUUCAAGAGUUGCUGCUUUGGCCUUUGAACAAUCCAUGAUAAAGGAGCUGGAGAAAACUGCUGGACACAUGACCCAAAUUGGGGCAGGAAACCUCAUCAAACUGGAAAAGAACAUGAUAGAAAUUCCAGAAGGCAACACUCGAGUCAGCCUGAGUUGCUGCUAA